AUGAAAGAGCUGAUGGUCUGGGAAGAGGAAAUCUCCCUGUCACUCAUCAAGCUCUAUGAGGCCCAGCAGUGGGGAAGGAAGCAGUGGGUGAAGAAGUUUCACACCCAGUGGCACUUGUCUGGCAACACAGCAAUUGGCUACUUCACAGCCAGGUUGCUAUGCAACAGUGUGUGCACAAGGUUUGGGGCAAGCUGCUACUCUAACCCCUGGAGGCAGUCCGACUUCCUAGAAGUUUGGUUUGGCUGGUGCCAAGCAAAUGGCACCAAGAUGGAGAAGUACCUAGCUGAGAAGAUGUUUGAGCUGGUGCACUUGCUCCAUAGUGCUUUUGCAAGCACAAGAAGAGACCACAAGCAGGUGAAGACCUUCGACCACCUCAUGCAAAUGGCUGAGAUGGUUAUGGAAGAUGAGGAGGAGGCGGUGCUUUUGGGGCUGGAGCAGGGGCAGGAGAUGCUGCUGGCUGCGCAGGAUGUGGCACACUCCUCCCGGGCGUUGAGCGAAAUGCAGAACCCUUGGCCAUUGUGGGAAUCGCUUGACCGCUUCUCCUGCGCUGGGUUGGUGAAUGUAACGGCGCAGCCUCUUGCAGUUCUUCCCUCGCAACGCAGCUGGUUCUGGAUCUUUGUAAGCCCCACGCGUGCAAAUCACCAGGACCAGGUGAUUUCGAACAGCGUCCGUGCCAAGCAGAUGCCCUACUGCAGCCGAGAGUUCAGGGCCACCGUCGCAGAGGUGGCUUCCACUGCACCGCCAGAUUGGACCGCACGCCUCGUGGAGGUGGGUGCCCAUUUCGGUGACUGUAUGCUUUGGGCCGCUGCUGCGUUACCUCGCGUCCGCGCCUUGGGCAUUGAGGGGGAGCUGGUCCGGUGGCAGCGCUUCCGCCGCUCGAUCGUGGCCAACCACUUUGAGGAUAGCAUCGAAGCCUUGCAUGGCCUGGUGGGGAGCGAGAUGUAUCAAGAUCACACUGAGUUCGAUGGAAAUCAGCUGCUCUCCUUUGUCCCAGGUCUUGCGCUUGAUCGAAUUUGGAGUGGUCCCAUUGAUGUGCUGAAGAUCCACAUCAAUGGAGGGGAGCACUUGGUCCUCAAGGGGGCACAGAGGCUCUUCCAGCAAGGCAUUAAAGCGGUAGUCGUGAGCUGCAAGAACCACACGGAGAUGUUCCGUGUGGUGCACUUCUUGGCCCGGUACGAUUAUGCGAUGGAGAUCAGCGGGCAAUGGGUGAAUACAAAGCUGCAUGGUUAUCAUCUCCUUCACGAGAUUGGACGCAUCAUCCAGGCAGGCGGGAAGAAGAUGUGGGGAGCGCUGGUCUUACUCUUCUGCGUCUUCAACCUGCAAGGGUGCUCGCUCUUCAUUCCUAGCCACCGGGUGCCAAACUGGAAGAAGGCUCCCGACUACUUGGUGCAGCAUGAGUUCGUGGCGGAGGGUCUCCCAGAGACUGCGGCCUCCCUCAACUCCUGUCGCUCUGCCGGAGUGGGCGAGCAGGUUUGCUCUGGGCGUGGACAGUGCAAACCUUGGAGCACUGUACCCAUGAAGGUUGACGGUGGCCAGGCGACUUACACGUCCUUUUGUGAGUGCGACUACCAAUGGGCAGAUCCCGAGUGCCGCACCAGAAGGAAGUCGCAGAUGAAGGCCUUCUUGCUGAGCCUGUUCCUGGGCUUUCUGGGCGUGGAUCGUUUCUACUUAGGCUUCUUCUACACUGGGUGCAUGAAGCUGGUCACCUUGGGCGGCUUGGGCCUUUGGUGGCUCUAUGACAUCGUCCGAGUGGGUGCUGCACCCAUCUAUGCCUUGGAUUACAAGGUGGCAGCAGACUUGCCUCACUGGCUAUUCAUGACGAUUCUGGUCCUGCUCUUCACAGCCCUUGGUUUGCUUUGGAGCUUGGACUCCUACGGCCGCCACCGGACGAAGAAGCGCCAAGAGGCCAUGCAGUUCUUCGCUGAAGAGGAGGCCGCACUGAAGAGCUCCGCAUUGAAUCAGGAGCUGCACAGAUUGAUCUGCGUGCGCUUCGGCGCCAAACUUCACAAUGCGGACUUGACUGGGUAUAGGCAGGAUGGGUUCGAGCCCGAAGCCCGGCAUCUGGUAGGAGCUACUCAUGUCGUCAAGACCAGAGGCGACCCAGAAUUGUUGCGAGAUGAGCUUCAAGAGAUGCUCGGUGCAGAGUACGCGGAGGGCGCCACGGCCGACCGUCAUUUGAAGGCAGUGAUCUCGCCACAUGCAGGCCUGCGCUACUCUGGCUCAGUGGCCGCUGGUGUAUUCGCGCGUAUAGACGCUAGCGCAGUGCAGCGGGUGGUCCUCAUCGGGCCUUCGCACCAUGCAUAUCUGGAGGGCUGCGCUCUUCCAGCAGAAGAAGUGCAAGCGUACAGGACCCCCCUGGGCGAUCUUCCUUUGGACACUGAUACUUUGGCCGAGCUUCGAAAGACCAAGGACUUCAGUGUUUUGCCCAUGGAAGUCGAUGAGGCCGAGCAUUCCGUGGAGAUGCAGCUCCCCUUCCUUGCACUGUUGCUGCAAGGCCCAAAGAGGCCCCCUGCCAAGCUGGUGCCAAUGCUUGUGGGACAGGUUGAUGCCAAGGCUGAGGCGCUGUAUGGUCAACGCCUUGCACCCCUGCUGCAGGAGGAAGGGACGAUCUUUGUUAUUUCCAGCGACUUUUGCCAUUGGGGCGCGCAGUUCGGCUACACGCGAGUGGGCUCUCCUUCUUUGGCUCGAACUUACCGGGAUGGCCCACACCCUGACAACGCAAAGAUCGAGGGCUUGGACCGGGAGGGGAUGGCCUUGAUCGAAGAGCAAAACGCCGAGGGUUUCCGCACGUAUUUAAAGCGAGAAGGGAAUACUAUUUGCGGCCGUCACCCCAUCCUGGUGCUUUUGGAGGCGGGGCGGCGUCUCACUGGGGAGGGCCCAAUGUUUUUGAGAGGUUCUACAGGUGGUUGA